GAGGCGUUCCGCGGUUGGGAGGGGGGUUAUGACUGUGGUGUAGGAACAUUGGCUUGGUUAUCCUUUCAGGAGGCAGAGGAGAAUUCGGCCGAAGAGUUGAGUCCUGCUUUCGCGCCGAGGCGGCCUCAUUCCCGAGGUCAGACCUGAUCCGGACAAACCCCAGAGAAUUGUAAGAAGUUGGAUGUAGAAGUUCUUCGUGAUUGGCUUCCUAUAUAAACCUGUAGUUUCCUGUUUCCACUUCGUAGUCUCUAAUCAUGGACUUGUUUAUAUGACCUUCCAAGCCCAUAACAAAUCAACUGGCCAGUCUUCUCCUUCAUGUGUGUGUUCUGGAGAAAUAAAAAGAGAAGCAAGGCAGUCUCUAGUGGCCAAUAGAGCAUAUUACAUGUACUUUUGAAAUGAUAAUCCUAAAUAAUUUAUUCAGUAAACAUUUGAGUCCUUACUACAUGCCUAAGACUGAUGAAUGAUGGAGAAGCCUUGUCUUGCUGUCAUGAAAUUGUGGCUUUUCUCGAAGGUUAAUUGCUUACACCGGAUAUGCUGCUCUUCUUCAUUGUGGGAUUGCUCGUGCAUUUUGUGUUCUUCGCCUCCAUCUUUGACAUUUAUUUUACAUCUCCUCUGGUUCACGGGAUGACGCCACAGUUUACACCAUUGCCUCCUCCAGCAAGAAGAUUAGUGCUCAUCGUGGCUGAUGGCCUGCGAGCAGAUGCACUUUAUGAAUUCGAUGAAAAUGGAAACCCUAUGGCGCCAUUUAUUAGGAAUAUCGUAACGCAUGAAGGCAGCUGGGGGAUAUCUCAUACACGGGUGCCAACUGAAUCUCGGCCAGGUCACGUAGCCCUAAUUGCUGGAUUUUAUGAAGAUGUCAGUGCAGUUGCGAAAGGAUGGAAGGAAAAUCCUGUGGAAUUUGAUUCCCUUUUUAAUGAAAGCAAGUACACAUGGAGCUGGGGAAGCCCAGAUAUCUUGACUAUGUUUGCCAAAGGUGCUACGGGAGACCAUGUUUUUACAUAUAGUUAUGAUGCUAACGAUGAGGAUUUUGGUGCCCAGGAUGUAACAAAACUGGAUACGUGGGUUUUUGAUAAGGUUAAGGAAUUCUUUCAUGCUGCCAGAAAGAACCAGUCUUUGUUUUCUAAACUAAAUGAAGAGAAAAUAGUUUUUUUCUUACAUUUAUUAGGAAUAGAUACAAAUGGACAUGCUCACCGACCAACAUCAAGGGAAUAUAAGGACAAUAUUAAACUAGUUGAUGAGGGAAUUAAAGACAUUGUGUCCCUACUUAAAGAAUUUUAUGGAAAUGACGAGAAAACUGCAUUUAUCUUGACCUCUGAUCAUGGAAUGACAGACUGGGGUUCUCAUGGGGCUGGUCAUCCUUCAGAGACUUUUACUCCUUUUGUCGCUUGGGGAGCUGGAAUCAAGUAUCCCCAGAAAGUAUCAGCUCAGCAAUUUGAUGAGGCACUUUUAAAAGAAUGUAAGUUGGAAUACUGGAAGAGGCAAGAUGUGAAUCAGGCUGAUAUUGCACCACUGAUGGCUUCUCUUAUUGGAGUGCCCUUUCCCGUUAAUUCAUUGGGAAUCCUUCCUGUGGAUUAUCUUAACAACACUGAUGUCUUUAAAGCAGAGAGCAUGUACACAAAUGCAGUGCAGAUUCUCGAACAGUUCAAGGUGAAAAUGACCCAGAAAAAAGAAGUUACUUUAUCAUUUUUGUUUACACCAUUUAAUUUGCUUUCUGAUUCUAAACAGCUCGACAUUUUAAGAAAAGCAAGAUCUUAUAUAAAACAGAGGAAGUAUGAUGAAGCAGUCUCCCUCUGUAAGGACUUGAUUGAUCUUGCAUUGAAAGGAUUGUCCUAUUACCACACUUAUGACAGAUUCUUUUUGGGCAUCAACGUUGUGCUGGGUUUCGUGGGAUGGGCAUCUUACGCUUCUUUGUUGAUCAUCAAGUCUCAUUCCAGCCCCACCAGCAGUGUCAGUAAAGAAGUUAAGAAACCAAGCCAUCUCCUGACAUGUAGCUUUGUGGCUAUUGGUGUUUUAAUCGCAUGUUUCCUGCUGAUUCAAGGCUGUCCUCGGACUUACUACGUGUAUUGCUUGUUGCCAGUGCCAAUAUGGUAUGCAGUUCUAAGAGAAUAUCAAGUUAUUCAAGACCUUAUCACAUCACUAUUGACCUUUCCUCUGAGCCAUGUUUUUGGAUACCUGUUUGUCUGUACCCUGGGAAUUGAAGUACUAGUUCUCAGUUUUUUCUACCGCUACAUGCUUACUGCUGGACUUACUGUAUUUGCGGGUUGGCCAUUUAUCACUCAUCUGUGGACUCGAGCAAAGAGUAUCUCACUGAGUUGGAUUUUCUUCUGUCUGCUCCUGGCAGUGUUCCCACUGAUGCCUGUUAUAGGACGAAAGCCAGAUAUCUCUGUAGUAAUCGGUGCAGGCCUGCUGGUUCUUCUGCUAUCGCUGUUUGUUGUAACAACUCUCAUAAAAAGAAAAGAUGGUUUUAUAAAUGGAAAGCUACUGUUACAUCUAUUACAGAUGCUGAGCAUAGUGCUUGCCAUGUGUGUUGUAUAUAGCACCCAUAAGAGUCUACUCAGGAAGCAAGGCCUGCCUCUGAUCAAUCAGAUUGUUAGCUGGAUAAUAUUAGCCUCGUCCUUCGUCCUGCCGCUGCUGAGUCCCACGCUCCUCUUUCAGCGACUGGUUAGCAUAUUUCUGUCCUCAAUGUCGACGUACCUCCUGCUCAGCACAGGGUAUGAAGCUCUCUUUCCAUUAGUAUUGUCCUGUGUGAUGUUUGUGUGGAUACACAUGGAACAAGAAACCCUACAGCGAUGUGGUGUUUCCUGCAAACAGAAGGUCAGCAAUAUCCAGUUCACCUGUAAUACUGAUAUAAGCCAGUUUCGACAGCUCUCUUGGGACGACACCCGUAGGGCCUUUUUCCUUGUCUUCUUUUUAGUGACAGCAUUUUUUGGAACUGGGAACAUAGCUUCUAUUAACAGCUUUGAUCUUGCCUCUGUUUACUGCUUUCUGACCGUAUUUAAUCCUUUUAUGAUGGGAGCCCUGAUGAUGUGGAAGAUUUUAAUCCCCUUUGUUCUUGUGAUGUGCGCUUUUGAAGCAGUUCAAUUAACUACCCAGUUGUCAUCAAAAAGUCUUUUUCUCAUGGUUCUUGUCAUAUCGGACAUUAUGGCUUUGCAUUUCUUCUUCUUGGUGAAGGAUUAUGGCAGCUGGCUUGAUAUUGGAACAAGCAUCAGCCACUACGUGAUUGUCAUGUGCAUGACCAUCGUGCUGGUGUUUCUCAACGGGCUGGCGCAGCUGCUCACGACAAAGAAGCUCCAACUGUGUGGCAAACCCAAAAGCCACCUCAUAUGAUGUUGCCGAAGCCAUCAUUCAGCAUAUGGACCCUGGUUCUCGGUCUCCUUUUAAACCAGAUGCUUAUCAAGGACUCUCCGAGAAGCUGGAUAUUGAUGUAUGGCGUGUUCUGCUCCCAUGAAGCAAAUUAUAUGUGGAAUUCUGAGCCUUACAGGUUAUCUGGAAUAAAGGAGCUUCCAUUCUCUUUAGGUUUUGCACGUGUAAAAUAGUGAUUAUGUCUAUGGGAACGCAGAUAAAGCAGUCUCCAUGUUCAUUUUCUCCCUUUAACUAGCAGCUUUGCUCAGUGAUGUUUCAGAGCAGCUGUAACAAUCUGGUUACGCACAGCGGACUGUGCUCCUGUGAGGACAGCUCUGCUCACGUCAAAGUCCGUGCCGUGACUGAGCUGGAAGGAAAUCACCAGGUAGCACCAUAAAUAUUUACCAACUCUUAGCACUGGUUUUGCAGGUAGUUCUAACUACUAAACGGUAACGCUAGAAAGACUGUCAGGACGUGGUACUCAAAUGAGCUGAAGCUUCAAUUGAAAAGGUGUUUGCAGGCAUUUGUCUUUUUUUUUUUUCAGGAGGCAGUAUUACCAUAAGCUUCUUAGUGCUGUUUCUAGGGUUUUUGUAGUCAACCAGCUAGAUGCAACUUUGACCUUCAACUUUUUUUUCUUUUUCUUUUCUGGAUUCUCAUGGAAUUUCUGGAGAUAGGAAAUGCUUGGUAUUUGUGUCUUGUCCAUGGGAAAAAAUUUAAAAGGAUUAGUUUUAAUUGUAGAUUCACUAUCUGUUAACCCCAUAGUUUUUAUCACACAUUACUUAAAUCAAUAGUUAAACUUUCUGACAAAAUCAUAAAAAUCAGGGUUAAAAUUGCUUCUCUUUCUGGUUGUGAGCUACAAGCCCAAAGUCCUAAAGUCCUCCUGGUAAAUUUAAAUUUCUAUUCGUAAACAGAUUCUAAUGGACAAAAUAUUUUGAGAGUAAUUUUUAUUUGGAUUUUUCAUUAAGUGACCUUUACAUAUCACUGUGGAGUUGGCCUGUUGUUGCCCGUGGCGUGCCAGUAGAUUUUGUCUGAUGCUAACUAAGCUAUAGUGUCUGAGUCCAAUUUUUAAAAAUAAUUGCUUUUGAAUUAAGUUAUUGCAUUUCUAAUUUGCAUUAAUGACGAGGAAGCCCUCUAUGAAUUACUAGAUUUUUCAAGUUGUCAAGGUGAGUGAACGCAUAAAAUUUAGAAGAUUCGAAACUCAGUUUGGCAGUAUGUGCUUUCUUAAUUUCUAUGUAUAAUAACAUAUAAUUUAUUUGUGAUAUACUUCAUGGUAUACCAGAAAAAGCAUUAUAGUAUAAAAAAAGAAAGAUGUGUUGGUGUCAGUAUAAGAUCGCAUGCAUCAGUCUGUACUAUAAACUCCUAAGUGGACAGCUGAGAAGCUGAAGCUGCCUUAGCAGACAGUGACAUUGGUACAUGGAGAACCCAUUGCCUCAAAGGAUUUUUUGAUCAGUGUUUUCAUAACUCAGAGAAAACUGACUUCAUAAACAGUUAUUUAACUCCUUUGGUAUCUAGUUGUUUCUUUCAUCUUUUCCCAGAUUUUCACACAGAGGAAUUCAUGAAUGUUUUGUUACAACAUUGUAAAAGGUGCUCAGUGCUUUAUCUUUAUUUUGCUUUUUGAAACAUGUCUUUUAUUAUUGUUUUGAGUCCAUGUGAGUUUACAAAACAGGAGUGUGCGCCCAUGGCCACAGGCUCACCUUGCUGCCCUGUAACCGGGUCUCUCAGACUCACCUGAGUUUGCCUAUUGCUCAGUUUAUUAAAUAUCUUACAGUGUUUUGAAAUGCAUGUUUUUGUACUGAAUAGCAGAGAACAAAUAAAUAAUAUGUAAGUAAAACAUA